AUGGCUCCACGUCGUUAUGAAGCAGGCUCCGUCGGAUAUUCCAAUCUUGCGGUCUGCCUCACCCGAGACAGCAAAACAGGAUCUAAUGCGCAUUGGGCAACCCAAGUCAGAGCGAAACGUCCAUCUCAUUUUUCUGCAGUGUGUCAAAGUGCGGAAGGGCAGGUCUUCUUCAUGCUCGAGUCGGGGAAUGCUCUCAUCGAUGCUGCUUCGUUUUUGAUUCUUUUGCAUGAUCUCAGUCUGAUGCUCGACGGGGGAGAGCCAAGUGGACCGUCUCGUCGGUAUAAAGAAUACAUAUUGUACCUUGGCAAGACACUGAGCAGCAAGGGUUUGCUGUACUGGAAGAAGGUUCUGUCAGGUGCGCAGCCUUGCCUUUUCCCCCAGCUCCACCAGCGUUCCUCGACCUCUGAUGGCAUAGGACGGGUGCAUACGCUCAAGCGCUUCAUACCAAACCCGGAGACAUUCCACUCGUUCUGUAGACUCAAUCGGCAGACAGCAACAAACAUUUUUCAGUUGGGUUGGGCGCUUGUGCUGCGCCGGUACACCGGUCACACUGACGUGUGUUUCGGAUGUCUGACCGAAACAUUCCUUUACCCGGUGUUAUGGAGACGGUCGGCCCUUUCUUUAACGUUCUGCCGUGUCGUUUGCGCGUCGAACUGGAUAUCCCUCCUCUGGAACUCCUUCGACCGAAUCAAGCCGCUAUGCACUCCCGCCUUGAAAACCAAAAUUGCUCCCUUCUGGACAUCAUUAGAUGCACUGGAUUGGAGCUUGAUGGGCUUUUGA